AGAUUAAUAAUUUAUUAGUUCAUAGUCAGGAAUCUUAGUAAAGGGAAUUGGUUACUUUGGGCUGCCAUUUUUUACUCUGUAAUCUACAGGAGACAGGGGGUACUGCAGGACUUGCCAGCAGAAAAAUGAAGAGGAUUCUGAUUUUCCUGCUUGCUGUAGCAUUUGUGCAUGCUUUAGAAAGAGGUCGAGAUUAUGAGAAGGAUAAAGUCUGCAAGGAACUUGCCAGUCUGGGACAAGAUGACUUCACAUCGUUGUCGAUGGUCCUAUACAGCAGGAAAUUUCCCAGUGGCACCUUUGAACAGAUCAGUCAUCUUGUGAAUGAAGUUGUGUCCUUGACAGAAGCCUGCUGUGCUGAGGGGGCUGACCCUGACUGCUACGACAACAGGACUUCAGCACUGUCAGAUAAGUCCUGUGAAAGCGACUCCCCAUUCCCAGUACACCCAGGAACUGCUGAGUGCUGCACCAAAGAGGGCCUUGAAAAGAAACUCUGUAUGGCUGCCCUGAAGCAUCAGCCCCAAGAAUUCCCUACCUACGUGGAGCCAACAAAUGACGAGAUCUGUGAGGCAUUCAGGAAAGACCCCAAGGGCUUUGCCAAUCAAUUUAUGUAUGAAUAUUCCAUUAAUUAUGGACAAGCUCCUCUGACACUUUUAGUCAGUUACACCAAGAGUUACCUCUCUAUGGUAGGGUCCUGCUGUACUUCACCAAGCCCAACAGUAUGCUUUUUGAAAGAGAGACUUCAGCUUAAACAUCUAUCACUUCUCACCAUUAUGUCCAAUAGACUCUGUUCACAAUAUGCUGCUUAUGGGAAGGAUAAAUCAAGGCUCAGCCAUCUCAUAAAAUUAGCCCAAAAAGUGCCUACUGCAAAUUUGGAGGAUGUUUUGCCACUGGCUGAAGAUGUUGCCACAAUCCUCUCCAAGUGUUGUGACUCUGCCUCUGAGGACUGCAUGGCCAAGGAGCUGCCCGAAUACACAGUAAAAAUCUGUGACAACUUAUCCUCAAAGAACUCUAAGUUUACGGACUGUUGUCAAGAAAAAACACCCAUGGACAUUUUUAUAUGCACUUACUUCAUGCCAGCUGCCCCAAGACCUGAGCUUCCAGAUGUCAAGUUGCCCACAAACAAAGAUGUGUGUGAUAAAGGAAACCCCAAAGUCCUGGAUCAGUAUGUAUUUGAACUGAGUAGGAAGACCCACAUUCCAGAAGUAUUCCUCAGUAAAAUACUUGAGCCAACCCUGAAAAGCCUUGAUGAAUGCUGCCACUCUGAAGACUCUACCGCCUGUUUUAAAGCUAAGGGCCCUCAAUUUAAGAAGGAACUAUCUUCUUUCAUUGAAAAGGGACAAGAACUAUGUGCGGAUUAUUCAGAAAAUACAUUUACUGAGUACAAGAAAAAAUUGGCAGAGCGACUAAGAGGAAAAUGGCCUGAUGCCACAGAGACAGAACUCGAAGAGCUGGUUAAGAAGCGCUCAGACUUUGCCUCCAAGUGCUGUUCCAUAAACUCACCUCCCCUCUACUGUGAUUCAGAGAUUGAUGCUGAAAUGAAUACCCUAUAGUCCUGCUGCAUGUGUAUCAUCUUAGAUUGUUCUAGAGCUGGAACCUCCCUGGGAAUGACAUUGGACAGCCUAACCUGAGCAAAACCAGAUACUCCCUGCUUAUUAUCAGUUACACUAUCCUGAUAUGAUGAUGAGUGUAACAAUUUGUCAUCAAAAUAAAUUGAAAUAUAAUGCAAACCAUAAA